UGUGUGUGUGUGUGUGUAUAUAAAAGCUCUAGUUGAGCAACAGGUUUGGGUUUCAGGAUGAAGCCUGCUGCUCUGUUUCUGCUGCUGCUCUUCUGUUUGUCUCCAGCCGUCAGUCAGGGACAGUCGGAGGCUUCUGUUCCCCGGGAGGACGAUGUCCGGACGGCGGCUGACGUCCCACCGGAGCUCCCUGUCCUCUGGGACGAGCUGUGGGGUUUGAGGGAGCUGGUCCUAAGCCUGAAAGCGGUGGAGGUGGAGCAGCGUCAGGUCCUGCGGAGCAUGGAGAGCCGGCUGAGGGACGGGGAGGUGGAGGCUGAGCAGCAGAGACGCAGCCUGGACAGACUGGAGGAGACGGCGGUCCAGCAGAGGGAGGAGCUGAAGAUCGCUGAGGUGAAGACGGGGGCUGACAGGAAGCUGCUGAUGGAGCUGAACUCAGAUUUGAGGAGGAAGGUGGAGGAGCUGGAGGAGCAGAGCAAAGCUCGGGCGGUCGAGUUUUCAGUUGAAAUGUCGACGCUUCGGUUCAGACUGAACACCAGCGAGAGCUCAUUGGACGACCUGAGGAAGAAGAACUCAGCUCUGGCGGCGGAGCUGCCGUUCCUGCAGACGAGACUGAGGGCGAGCGAGAGCACGGUGGAGCAGCUGAGGAGGAAGAACGCAGUCCUGGCAGUCAGACUGUGUCACGCUGAGAGUCUGAUGGAGGAGCUGAUGAAGCAGACCUCAGCAUUCCCGGCCUCCAACACUUCAUCUGAUUCUGAAGCGUCUGAGCUGGAGAUUCGACUGAACGUCCGUCUGGAGGAGCUGAACACAAACACACACGCUCUGCAGAGUCGACUGAACUCACUGGAGGAAAAACUGAACACAUCUGCUGAGAGCCACCUGCCCAGCUUCAUACAAGAUCAGUUAUCAGAGAUCAGCAGCAGACUGAACUCCAGCCAACUCCACCUGGAUGAGCUGAAGAGAAACUCUGCAGGUCACACAGUUCAACUGUGGUCUGUAGAGAGACGAGUGGAGGAGCUGAAGACAGGAAACGCAGCCCAGUCAGCGGAUGUUUCAGCUCUGACCGACAGAAUUAGUGUUGGUGAACGUCGGCUGGACGAGCUGCAGACACAAACCACAGUUCAGGCUGAUACAGUGAAGCAGCUGCAGGUCAGAAUGAACUCUGUUGCGAGUCAAACACACGGGACAGAUCAAAGCUUCAAACUGAUGAAGCUGCAGAGAAAACUGAACACGACUGAGAGUCUGCUGGACAGAAUGAACGCAGAGUUGGAGGUCAGACUGAGUGUCAGUGAGGAGCAGCUGGAAGAUCUGAAGAUAGCAAACACAGUUCAGUCAGUUCAACUUUCCUUGAUGGAGUCCAGACUGGCAGACAGCCACAACAACACUACAGCUCUGGAGGUCAGACUGAGAUCCACUGAGACACAGCUGGAGCAGCUGGAGAAUCACACUGCAGCUCUGAAGGUCAGACUGAGUGUCAGUGAGGAGCAGCUGGAAGAUCUGAAGACAGAAAACACAGUUCAGUCAGUUCACCUUUCCUUGAUGGAGUCCGGACUGGCAGACAGCCACAACAACACUACAGCUCUGGAGGUCAGACUGAGAUCCACUGAGACACAGCUGGAGAAUCACACUGCAGCUCUGAAGGUCAGACUGAGUGUCAGUGAGGAGCAGCUGGAAGAUCUGAAGAUAGCAAACACAGUUCAACUUUCCUUGAUGGAGUCCAGACUGGCAGACAGCCACAGCAACACUACAGCUCUGGAGGUCAGACUGAGAUCCACUGAGACACAGCUGGAGCAGCUGGAGAAUCACACUGCAGUCUAUGAAGCCGAGCUGUCAGCUGUCACUCUGAGACUGAACAUCACUGAGGAGCAGGUGGACGAGCUGAGGACACAAAACACAGACAGGCUGACGGCAGCUGAGAGGGAGACUGAAGUGCUGCAGGUCCGGCUGAGAGUCGGUGAGGCCACAGUCAGCCAGCUGAAGACGGAGAACGAAGCUCAGUCUGCUCUGCUGACAGAAAUCACCUCCAGACUAGAAGCUGCUGAGAACCAGAACUCAGUUCUGUCAGAUGCAGUGACGGCCAUCCAGAACCAGAGUGAUGCUCACAGCGGUGAUCUGUCGGCUCUGAGAACUGAAACUAAAGUUUUAGAGAAACAACUGAGUGACGCUGACAGUCUGAUGAUGAAGUUACAGACUGAAAGUUCAGUUCAGUCUGUCCAACUUUCCUUGAUGGAGUCCAGACUGACAGACAGCCACAACAGCACUACAGCUCUGGAGGUCAGACUGAGAUCCACUGAGACACAGCUGGAGCAGCUGGAGAAUCACACUGCAGCUCUGAAGGUCAGACUGAGUGUCAGUGAGGAGCAGCUGGAAGAUCUGAAGAUAGCAAACACAGAGUUGGAGGUCAGACUGAGUGUCGGUGAGAAACAGCUGGAAGAUCUGAAGAUAGAAAACUCAGUUUUAAACUUCAGACUGAAUGAAACUGAUGAUCGUCUGCAGCAGCUCACAAACACCAACUCAGAUGAGCUGAAGGUGGCGUUCUCAGCCGGUCUGACUGAUUCAGGAUCAGUUGGACCGUUCGAUGAGGAGACGACGCUGAUCUUCUCCAAAACCAUCACCAACAUCGGCCAAGCCUACAACCAGACUGCAGGUGUGUUCACAGCUCCUGUCAGAGGACUUUACUUCUUCAGCUUCACGGCUGCAGAUUACCUGAAAGGUUACAUGGGUCUCUACCUGUACAGGAACAACCAGCCAAUCAUCUUCAACCUGGACCUGAACGACCACGGCGGCUAUGCCUCCACGUCCAACGGCGUGGCUCUGCAGCUGGAGGAGGGCGACGGGGUCCGCCUCGGUCUGCCGGCCAGCUACCGGCUCUACGACGACUCCCGAAACUUCAGCGUCUUCUCCGGCUUCCUGCUGUUCCCCCUCUGACAGGACAGUCCCAGGGUCAUCCUCGCAGCAAUAAACAGACUGGAACUGAAGAGUGGACUUUUGUUUUGGUAGGGUGAGUGACUUCCUGUGGUUACAACCAGGAUGGACCAACUUCUGAAGACAAUGAUGAUGUUUUUCAGUUCAUGUUUACGUCUCUGAAGCUAAUAAACAUUAAUAACAAAUUACUAACCGCCAUCAGAGAAACAGGAAGCAGCUGCAGGAGAGCGCAGGAAACCAGUUCAGCUCUCACAUUCAAAAAGAGUCCCGAUGCACAAACACAGACGAUGGUUUGGUUCAGAGUUUAUUCUUGACUUGAAGAAACAAUCUCGUCUCAAGGUCCAUUUAGUAGCUGUUCUGGAGCUUUUGAUUGGCUAUUACUUGAUGUGGUCAUCAUUAUUUAACUGCAACACCAAUGCAGGCGGUUUAAAUCCAUCACAUGCUACGGGUGCGCUGGAUUCUGAGGCCAAUGCGCCUCGGCUCCGCCCAGCAGGGACGCGAGGAGACGAACAGCAUCUCAGGGUUCAGACGUCCUGUUCAGGGUGAUAUUAUAGAGCUAAUAAUUAGAACUGCAACUGUGUUUUCUCUUUUUAAAAUGAAGUGUUUUAUGAUUAAUGCAUGAUUUGGAUAUUUUUUUUAAAUUAAUAAAACAUGAAUAACAUUAGAGCUGCUGGUUCU